CAUUGCCGACUUCUUGUUGAACUACUCGCCUCAAAGCACCGUAUCCAAUUAGGGUUGUCUCUCUUCUUCUGGUUUUGUUGCAGCGACUAGCGAGAGAGAGAGUCUUUUAGAGAGAAAAUGAGGGAGGCGAAUUUGGAUCUGUUCGACCCCAGAACGGUGAUGGACUCGGACUAUACCGCCGACGCCGGUCGCGACGACGACUUCGCCUUCGCUUUCAACGACAGCAACUUCUCCGACAGGGUCCUCCGCAUCGAGAUCAUGGCCGAUUCGCCCGAGGCACGAUCGGACGCUGAUGCCUGUCACAGUCUCGCCGAUUGGGCCCGCCAUCGCAAGCGCCGCAGGGAAGACUUCAAGAAAGAUAACGCUGUUGACACUUCUGGAUGCCCUGAGGAGCGGAUUUCAAAUUGCACCCAGGCUGACCAUGAUGACGGUGUGGGACAUGAAAAUCAAGAUGAGGAAACAGUUGCAAUGAUAGAAGAAUCAGCUUCAGGAGAUGAAGCUGCGAACAGUAAUGAUUCCAACUGGAGCAUGGAUUGUUCUACAGUUCUUAGAGUUAAGACUUUACACAUUAGCUCGCCAAUUUUAGCGGCAAAAAGCCCUUUCUUCUAUAAGCUCUUCUCAAAUGGGAUGAGGGAAUCGGAGCAGCGGCAUGUCACUUUACGAAUAAAUGCAUCUGAGGAAGCUGCACUCAUGGACCUCCUAAAUUUUAUGUAUAGCAAUACCUUGUCUGUAACGACCGCUCCUGCUCUUCUGGAUGUGCUGAUGGCUGCAGACAAGUUUGAGGUUGCCUCAUGCAUGCGGCAUUGCAGCAGACUGUUACGCAAUUUGCCCAUGACACCAGAGUCUGCAUUACUAUAUUUGGAGCUUCCUUCCAGUGUCUUAAUGGCUGAUGCAGUUCAGCCAUUGACAGAUGCUGCAAAACAGUUUCUGGCUGCCCUUUACAAAGAUAUUAACAAGUUCCAUGAUGAAGUUAUGAACUUGCCCCUUGCUGGAAUUGAGGCUAUUUUGUCAAGUGAUGAUCUCCAGGUGGCAUCAGAAGAUGCAGUAUAUGAUUUUGUGUUGAGGUGGGCCAGGUCCCAGUACCCAAAAGUGGAGGAGCGGAGGGAAAUCUUGGGUUCUCGCCUUGCUCGUUACAUCCGCUUUCCUUACAUGACCUGCCGAAAGCUUAAGAAAGUCUUAGGCUGUAAUGAGUUAGAUCAUGAGCUUGCGUCCAAGGUAGUCCUAGAGGCCCUGUUUUUCAAGGCUGAAGCCCCACACCGGCAGCGAACCCUAGCUGCAGAGGAGUCUGCAACAACAAACCGACGCUUUAUUGAGCGUGCCUACAAGUAUCGGCCUGUGAAGGUGGUUGAGUUUGAGCUUCCACGACAGCAGUGUGUGGUUUACCUCGACCUGAAAAGAGAGGAGUGCCUAAAUCUGUUCCCAUCCGGGCGGGUGUAUUCUCAGGCAUUUCACUUGGGGGGCCAAGGUUUCUUCCUGUCGGCACAUUGCAACAUGGAUCAGCAGAGCUCGUUUCAUUGUUUUGGUCUGUUUCUGGGAAUGCAGGAGAAGGGUUCCGUCACUUUCGCAGUUGACUAUGAAUUCGCUGCGAGAUCAAAGCCAACGGAGGAUUUCAUAAGCAAAUACAAGGGCAAUUACACAUUCACGGGUGGGAAGGCAGUUGGGUACCGCAACUUAUUUGCCAUACCAUGGACUUCAUUCGUGGCAGCGGACAGUCUCUACUUCAUAAAUGGCAUCCUCCAUCUCAGGGCGGAGCUCACGAUCAGGCACUGACUUGGACAGCUCUACUCUACUCUUACCAUUCUCAUUCUCAUUCUCGUUCUCGUUCUCCUGGAAAAAGACAAUUCCGUUCACUUAGUUUAUGCCUUGUUUGUUUCUAAUUGUGUAGUGUUGUAGGGUGUAGGGCUGGCUAACCUUGGAGGUAUAUUUUGCUGCGACACUGACUGAGCAUUCGGGUAUAUGAUGCCUAGGUUGCUCAGAUGCUGAAAAUAUUAUCGGGACUUUGUCGUCGUGGCUCAUAUUACUCCAUUUGAUGAUAUGGGGGGUAAACUGUGAUUUUCGGGUUUUUUACUCAUUUGGCAAAUAUAGAAAUGAAUGCAUUUCCUGAAUUA